CCACAGUGGAUUCAGCCGCGAGCUAGGUCAGGGGUCCCCCCCCAUUCCCUGGAGGCCCUCUCACAAAGGGGCCUAAGCGAGGAGGUCCACUAGGGCUUUUGCUGCUCCAGCCUGAGACCUCUCGGGAUUGCGUGCCUGCAGCUCCAGCCCUCAUGACGGAGAAGAAACUUGUGGUGGUUUUUGGAGGUACAGGUGCGCAAGGGGGCUCAGUGGCCCACACACUGCUGGAAGAUGGGACGUUCAGGGUUCGAGUGGUGACCCGGAACCCCAGGCAAAAGGCAGCGGAGGAGCUGCGGCUGCAGGGUGCAGAGGUAGUACAGGGAGACCAGAAUGAUGAGGCCAGCAUGGAGCGGGCCCUGGCUGGGGCUCAUGCCACCUUCAUUGUCACCAACUACUGGGAGAACUGCAGCCAGGAGCAGGAGGUCAAGCAGGGGAAGCUGCUGGCUGAUGUGGCCAAGCGCCUGGGCCUUCACUACGUGGUAUACAGUGGCCUGGAGAACAUCAGAAAGCUGACAGCUGGAAGAUUGGCAGCCGGCCACUUUGAUGGCAAAGGGGAGGUGGAGGAAUAUUUCCGGGACAUUGGCGUUCCCAUGACCAGCGUGCGGCUGCCCUGCUAUUUCGAGAACUUCCUCUCCUACUUUCUGCCCCAGAAAGCCCCAGAUGGAAAGAGCUACUUGUUGAGCCUGCCCCUGGGGGACGUGCCCAUGGAUAGCAUGGCUGUGAGUGACCUAGGUCCUGUGGUACUCAGCCUGCUCAAGAAGCCAGAGGAGUAUGUGGGCCAGAACAUCGGGCUCAGUGCCUGCAGACACACGGCACAGGAGUACGCGGCCCUGCUCACCAAGCACACUGGCAAGGCAGUGCAGGACGCCAAGACCACUCCGGAGGAAUACGAGAAGUUGGGCUUCCCUGGAGCCCAAGAUCUGGCCAACAUGUUCCGUUUCUAUGCCCUGAAACCUGACCGCAACAUCGAGCUCACCCUGAGACUGAACCCCAAGGUCCAGACACUAGACCAGUGGCUGGAGCGGCACAAAGGGGACUUCGCCCAGCUGUGACUUGCCCAGCAUGACCCCCAGCUGGGGAGGGAGGAGCAGAGACAUAAUUCAUCUUUUCUUGUGUUACAAAAGGAUUUAAAAUAAAGCCAUUGUUCUUGCACGUGG